AUGGAUUUGCUACUGGUCAUCGGCUCCUUGCUGGUCAUCCUGCCCGGCCUGUACAUCUACACGGCCUCCGUCGUCCAGACCCGCUUCCCGACCCUGCGCAACAAGCGCAUCUGUCUGCUCAUUGCCCACCCCGACGAUGAGGCCAUGUUCUUCGCCCCUACCGUCCUCGCCCUCACCCGCCCCGAGACCGGCAACCAUGUCAAGAUCCUUUGCUUGAGUAGCGGCAAUGCAAGUGGCCUGGGCGAGACUCGCAAGAAGGAAUUGGUCAAGAGCGGCAUGAUCCUCGGUCUGCGUAAAGAGGACGACGUCUUCGUCAUCGACAACCCGGCCGACUUCCCCGACUCCAUGACGACGACCUGGGAGCCCCAGAAGAUCGCCGCCCUGCUCUCCAGCGCGUUUGCCCCGCACCUCGCCAAGUCAAAGGGCUCCGACGCGGUUGCGCCCACCGCCACUAUCGACGUCCUCAUCACCUUCGACAGCUCCGGCGUCUCCUCCCAUCCGAACCAUAUCAGUCUCUACCACGGCGCCCGCGCCUUCGUCGGCUCCCUCGCCCACGGCAAGGCGGGCUGGGCAAAUCCCGUCGACCUGUACACGCUGACGUCAGUGUCGUUCCUGCGCAAAUACGCCAGUAUUCUGGACAUCGUCUCCACGCUCACCUCUUGGGCAAUUGGCGCGGAUAAGAAGGACAAGAAACAUCCGGGAGGGCUGGUCUUCUUGAACGGGGUCGGCGGCGCCGGAGGCAACCUGGGCACCGCCUGGAACGCCAUGACGAAGGCGCACAAGAGCCAGAUGGUCUGGUUCCGCUGGGGCUGGAUUACCUUCAGCCGGUAUAUGGUCAUGAACGACCUGCGCCUGGAGAACGUGAAGUCUCAAUCGUAA